GACUCAACAGAAUGAUUCGAACGAAUCGGACGUCCCUACAGAGGAGAGGGGCUCCAAAGGGAGAAAUACAGUCGGCGUAUUAUUGGAAAGCGAACAGGUUGGCGUGUCCGCCCUAUAAGUUGAGGACUGUCCGAGUGAAUUCGCUUUUAAUUAAUGGCGUUUCAAGUCCAACGUGUAUGAUUGACGCAUCCGUACAGAUGCUGGCGGCUUUGGUCGCGCCGGGGGAAGUAACGUUAGAGGUUUUGACAUCGUUAGAUUUGUUGUUAUUAUAAUCAGCUGACCGGUGCUGAAAUCGCUCCGUUUGCUGUUUUCUAGAAAGCGGUGACAGCGAUGAGCGCUUGUCAGGACAAAAUGUCUUUGAGUUGUUCGAAAAGCAGGGAAAAUGUCAGCGGCAGUGACUGGGGAAGGAUGGAUGAUGCGUGUACGUCCUGCUUUAACGAACCCACGGGCGAUGCGAUACACGGCGGGAUGAAUGCGGUGCAGUCGGGCAUAGACGGACAUCUGCCGCUGCCCCGAGGCCAACGCGAACUGAUGCUAGGCCUGGUGGAAGAGGGUUUCGCCGGCUAUCAUGGCCGUCUCGGUUCUGAUCCGGACACAGAUUUUCUCGACAUACCCGGCGACCCGAACUACAGCGAAAGCGACGGGAACGUCGCCACAAAAAAACGCAACCGCUCCAACAGCUCCCGGCACCGCGGGGAAGUUGUAACGGAACUCGGACCCGAAGAGGUGCGCUGGUUCUACAAAGAGGACAAGAGAACCUGGAAACCGUUUGUUGGACACGAUUCUUUGAAAAUCGAGUUGGCUUAUCGCAAAUUCUGCGAACUUAACCCGAACGAGGUCAAACGGAGGGAUGCCAUUGAAGAAGCAGAGGAUUUAUUCGAGUCACCAUCAGAAUGCGAAGCACCGGCGGUCCGGAGACAGUCGGCGGCGGUGGCAGCGCAGCCGGUACCCGAGAGUGCGGAUGCUGGAGGCUCAACAGACGAGACGGAGCUGGAUUCAGACAGCAUCAACGUGGAGGCAGUGUGCGUCCGUGGAGGACUCUACGAGGUGGACAUCAAAGGGAAAGACUGUUAUCCUGUAUACUGGAACCGACAACAAUUCGGACUGCUUGUCUUUACAGAACAGGACCACAUCCCAGUCAUGAGAGGCCAGUGGUUCACGGACGGUACCUGGUUGCCUCUGGAGGAAGAGGACAGUGACCUCAUUGAACUGGAGCACCUGGCCCGUUUCCGAGGGCAGCAGAUGAAAGACACCUUUGACACGGAAGCGGUGGCCACCACAGUGGACAGCAAAGAUGCCAUUCACAGUCUGAAACUCAGCCGGAGCCACGUGGACUGGCACAGCGUGGAUGAAGUGUACCUUUACAGUGAUGCCACCACCUCUAAGAUCGCACGAACUGUCACUCAGAAACUGGGAUUCUCAAAAGCCUCCAGCAGUGGGACACGUCUCCACCGAGGUUACGUGGAGGAGGCGGCUCCAGAGGACACACCCCCUGAAACAACACACAUAGUCUUUGUGGUACAUGGGAUUGGCCAAAAGAUGGAUCAGGGGCGGAUCAUUAGAAAUACAAGCAUGAUGCGUGAUGCUGCCCGCAAGAUGGAGGAGAAGCACUUUUCUGACCGAACAAAUGAACACGUUGAGUUCCUUCCUGUGGAAUGGCGAUCUAAACUUGCCCUUGAUGGAGACACCGUGGACUCCAUUACUCCAGACAAAGUGCGAGGUCUGAGAGACAUGCUGAACAGCAGUGCAAUGGACAUUAUGUACUACACAAGCCCUUUAUACAGGGAUGAGAUCACCCGGGGUCUGACCAAUGAGUUGAACCGACUCUACAUGCUCUUCUGUGAGCGCAACCCAGAAUUUGCAGAGAAAGGAAAGGUGUCCAUCGUCUCCCACUCGCUCGGCUGUGUCAUCACCUUUGACAUCAUGACAGGGUGGGACCCUGUGCGCUUUGUUCAUAAAGAGGUGGUAGAUGCCAUGGAGGCUGAUGUCAGCAGACAAGAGCGACAGCUACUGGAGGAUCUUCGUAUCACAUGCUUAAGAAUGAGGGAUUUGGAAGAUAAGCUUCAGCAUGUCCAAACCUCAUCCUCAAGACCCUCUCCAGCCCUCAAAUUCAAGGUGGAGAACUUCUUCUGCAUGGGAUCUCCUCUGGCUGUGUUCUUGGCUUUGCGAGGUGUCCGUCCUGGAAACGACGCAACGCAGGACCACAUCCUACCCAAAUCCAUCUGCCAACGGCUUUUCAACAUCUUCCAUCCCACUGAUCCUGUAGCAUACAGGUUGGAGCCUCUCAUCCUGAAGCAUUACAGUAAUAUAUCACCUGUCCAGAUUCACUGGUACAACACCACCAGCCCCACACCGUAUGACCAGAUCCGUCCCACUCUACUAAAUCCAUCAAAGGAAAGUGCUUCUGUGUCUGAUACGGAGAGUCUCCCGAGCCCUUGCACCUCCCCUCCACAGCCCCGCAGACACUACGGCGAGUCUAUCACCAACCUGGGCAAGGCCAGCAUCAUGGGAGCGGCAAGUAUAGGUAAAGGCAUUGGCGGUAUCCUGUUCUCCAGAUUUUCCCGCUCUAGUGGACAGGUGUGUGGUGUGGAGGAGGAGCCAUCAGACUCUGAAGGUGGGGCAUGUGAGAAAGGGGAAGAGGGCAGAUCUGUGGAGUUAGACGAUAAACCAGAGGAGAAGACAGAGGAGAAAAUCGAGGAGAAGGCAGGAGACACCAGCAUGUCACAAUCAGCCUCUGUCAUUAUGGAUAACUCCACCUUGGAGCUGGAGAAACGCAUCGACUUUGAGCUGAGGGAGGGCCUGGUGGAGAGCCGCUAUUGGUCAGCGGUGACGUCACACACGGCAUAUUGGUGCUCGCACGAUGUGGCUCUGUUUCUGCUAACAUUCAUGUACAGGCCAAAUGAAGCGAAUGACAUGGCAGAGGACAACCCUGAAUCAUAACACACAGACAUAUGAACUCUCACACUCUUGGUCACUCCCUUAAUGUAGUUUAGCAGACCUUGUUCACUGUGCAUCAGGGAUCCUGUCCUUGCCUUGUUUUUCCUUAAUUUAGAAGCACACCCAUGGAAGAGACUUACUCUCUCCCCUACAUCCCCCAUCUAGGAUUGUUCUUAACCUCAAUGAAAUGAUGACAAUGAUCUACUUGUUUCAGCUAGGACCGUUCACACCUUGAUGAUUCCCAAAGCAGCGAACUCUUCAUAUUGACUGAUGUGUAUUAACUUAACUUGUGGUUGUGAUAGUAUGACUGAAAAGAAUCUGCUGAAUUGGAGGUUCACAAUCAGAAGGGUUUUUUGAGGAAUACAUCUGAUAUGAUCUAUUUCUUGGCCUAAAAAAAUAUAGUUUUGAAGAUUUUUAUAAAUUAAGCAUUACUCUUAUGUGUUUACAUUAUUUAGAUGAUAAAAUAACAAUCUGCAUCACUCCUGAAAGUGGCCAAAUAUUGAGUUGAUAGUCAACGGGAGCAGUGCACACAGACCUGGUGGAUUUAUUAGAGAGAAAAACCAUCAGUAAACAUGUGAUUUACCCUAAAAAUUAUAUUAUAUAUUCACCCUCAUGUUGUUCCAAAUCCUUGUGACUACAAAAGGAGGUAUUUUGAAGGAUUGUACUAGUCGCUUUUUUCCGUGCAAUUACAAUGAAUGGAGACUUGUGUUAUUUUAGUAUAAUUGAUAUACUAUUGUUAUAUUUUCAUUUAAAUUUUAAUUAGUUUUAGUAAUUUUGUUGUUUGUUUUUUGUUAUUUUUAUACUUUUUUUAAUGUCUAGAUACAAUUUUUUAUACAUUUUCGGUUAUAGUUAAUUUAGUGUUUUGUUAAACUAAGUGAAAAUGAGAAAUGUUGCCUUUUUUAUUUUAUUUCAGUUAUCUCUUAUUUUAUUAAAGGGUUAGUUCACCCAAAAAUAAAAAAAAAAUGUCAUCAUUUACUCGCCCUCAUGUUGUUCCACACCUAUAUGAGUUUCUUUCUUCUGUUAACAACAAAAGAAGAUAUUUUAAAGAAUGUCGGUAACUAGAAAGUUGACGACACCCAUUGACUUCCAUAGUAUUUUUUUUUUUCCUACUAUGGAAGUCAGUGGGUGCCGUCGACUGUCUGGUUACCGACAUUCUUCAAAAUAUCUUCUUUUGUGUUCAACAGAAGAAAGAAACUCAUACAGGUUUGGAACAACUUGAGGGCGAGUAAAUGAUGACAAAAUUAAAAUUUUUGGGUGAACUAUCCCUUUAAGCCACAAAACAAUUUUUUAAUGGUUUUAGUUUUGGCUAACGAUAAUAACUUUGAUGAAGACUGAAGCUUUUAAGUUUCAAAAAAGACACAAAGCACCAUAAAGUUUCAUAAAAGGGAAAAUAUUCCAAGUCCUUUGGAUUUAAUGUGAACAGACCGAAAUUUAAAUCGUUAUUAACCAAAAAUGUUGACAUCUGUCUGAGCUCUUCUUUCCACAGUCAUGAUAGUUCAUGAGAGAAGAGCCAAUGUCUGAUUCAUGAACAAAUCUUUAUUUGAGUCAGAUCUUUAGUCUGAAUGAUUCGUUCACACAUUAUUCCUGAACUCAGUUUGCUGAAUCAUUGAUCUGGUCACAGCGUUUUAGGAGAAGGUUAUCAGUGAAUAACCACUUAAAUUUCAGUCUGGUUCUCACACAAAAUUAUUUUAUGGAUUCAGAAGACUCGGAACAUAGUGUACAAGUUCAAUGGACCUUAUGAUCCCAUUCAUUGUAAUUUCAUGGAAAGAUUGACCAGUACAUUCUUAAAGGAUUAGUUCACUUCAGAAUUAAAAUUUUCUGAUAAUUUACUCAUCCCCAUGUCAUCCAAGAUGUUUAUGUCUUUCAUUCUUCAGUCGAAAAGAAAUUAAGGUUUUUGAGGAAAACAUUCCAGGAUUUUUUUCCAUAUAGUGGACUUCACUGGGGUACAAUGGGCUGAAGGUCCAAAUUGCAGUUUCAGUGCAGCUUCAAAGGGCUCUACACCAUCCCAGUUGAGGAAUAAGGGUAUUGUCUAGCAAAACGAUCAGUAAUUUAAAAAAAAAAAAAUAAAAACUUAUAUACUUUUUAACCACAAAUGCUCAUCUUGCACUAGCUCUGUGAUGCACCACGCAUUGCAUAAUGUUGGAAAGGUCACGCAUGAUGUAGACGGAAGUACGGAUCCACUAUCUACAAAGCGAACGUACAAAGACUAACUCAAAUGCCCCUCACAAAAAAAGGUAAAACGACGUUGAACGAUUUUUAAGUUGGAGGAGAUGGAUUUUUUCGCCCUACCACGUGUGACCUUUCCAACGUGAUUAUGUAAUGCGUGGCGCAUCGCAGAGCUAGUGUAAGACGAGCAUUUGUGGUUAAAAAGUAAAUACAUUUUUUAGUUUAUUUUUUUUACGCUAGACAAGACCCUCAUUCCUCGGCUGUGAUCAUGUAGAGCCCUUUGAAGCUGCACUAAAACUGCAAUUUGGACCUUCAACCCACUAUCCUGGUGAAGUCCACUAUAUGGAGAAAAAUCCUGGAAUGUUUUCCUCAAAAACCUUAAUUUCUUUUCGACUAAAGAAAGAAAGACAUAAACAUCUUGGAUGACAUAGGGGUGAGUAAAUUAUCAGGAAAUUUUAAUUCUGAAGUAAACUAAUCCCUUAAGAAAUGAUCCAUUUGUCCUACAUUGAAGAAACGAAGCCAUAUGAGUUUGGAACGUCAUUAGGGAGAAUGAUGACAGAAUUUGUAUUUUUGGCUGAACUAUUCCUUUAAAGAUAUUUCCGGUCCUGUUCUUUCUACUUUUUUCUAAUACACUGAAGCAUUAGUUUCUUCUCUACACUUGCAUGAUAGACACUGAAAUCUACUGCAUAUUUGAGCUGCACUCUUUGCUAUGAUCACCACUGAAUUAGAGUUUAUGCUUUAACAUGCAUGAAAGAGAAAGUCUGGAUGUUUUCCACUGAGGCUGUUAGAAAGAUUCCUAACUGAAUCUCCUCUUAGUUCUGUCCAAGUUAAAAACACAUUUUUCAUAUGUGGCAUUCUCUUUUAUGCCCAUGAUGUGCAAUCAGCAUAUCAAACAUCUUACUGUUUUCUAAUGUAUUACUGCACUAAAGAACCACAUAGUCACAAAGACCUUGCCAUUUUGAAAUAACUAUCAUUUUUUUGUGUUAAGUUUGUGUUUUAUGUCUUCAUUUUGUAUGAUUUGUUUACAGCAAUCCUGAAAAUCAACACCCCCAUGCCUUUACGAUGACAAGAGAAAAGCACUUAACAUUUCUCCUUACCUCACCCUUGAAUGUGCCAAUAAACUGAACAGUGAGAUCUUCAUUAGGUCUGUGGUCAGAGGGUACGGUCUGCAUUAUGUGCAUAUAUAUUAGAACUGGACUUCAGCGUGUCUGUUCAUGUUUAGCUUCAGUGAACGCCGAGCUGUUCCUCUUUUAUGAACCUCGUGAUUUUCAUUAAAACUGAUAUUGACCGCC